AUGGACAACCGUUCACCCGUGGUCGUCCUCGGAGUCGGGGCGCUGGUCUUCGGUCUCUACAGGCUGUGGACGCGACCCUCCCUGUCCGACGUCCAGGGCCCCCAGCCGAAGUCUUUCUGGCUCGGUAACUUGCCGGAGCUCUUCCAGGAGGAGUCGGGCGAGACGGAGUAUGAAUGGCUGAGAGAGUACGGCGGGGUCGCGCGCGUGAAGGCGCCGUUCGGAGAAGACAUGCUCUGGAUAUCAGAUCCGAAGGCGCUCCAGUACAUCUUCCACACCUCCGGCUACAACUUCCCCAAGCAGCCCGAGCGCCGCGUCAUCUCGCGCCUCAUCGGCGACACCGGGCUCACGUGGGCCGAAGGACACGACCACCAGCGGCAGCGGAAGGUGAUGCUCCCCGCGUUCGGCUCGCCCGAGUCCAAGGCGCUGCUGCCCGUGUUCAGGCAUUAUGCGGAGCAGGUCACCUCCAAAUGGAAGGACACGCUUGCGGGCACUGAACACGGCGCGGCAGAAAUCAAUGUGCACGAGUCGAUAGCCCCUGCGACCCUGGAAGCCAUAGGGGAAGCGGCUUUCGAUUACAAACUGGGUGUCCUGGGCAACGAAGCGAGCGAGUUGGGGGGAGCAUACCGGAACCUGGUUGCUAGCAUCUUCUCAUCGCCAUCCAAUGCGCGAAUAUUCUCCCAGGCUGUCGCGCACUACAUCCCGAUGUGGAUACAGGACUACAUCUACGAUAACAUUCCCAGCAAAGGGCUCGAGAAGGCACGCAUCAACCGUCAGGCGGCGCACAAGGUCGCCAACGAACUUCUCGAAAUGAAGACCGAGGCUCUGCUCUCAGGAAAGGAGCACCGCGACGUCAUGAGCAUCCUCGUCCGGGAGAACGCCAAGGAGCCGAGCGAGUCGCGCCUGUCCCACGCCGAGAUCGUCGCGCAGAUGCGCACGCUCAUGCUCGCCGGCCAGGAGACGACCUCGAACACGCUCUCCUGGCUCCUCCGCGAGCUCGCGCACCAGCCCGCGGUGCAGGCGCGCCUCCGCGCGGAGAUCCACGCCGCCGAGCGCGCGCUCGUCGCGCGCGGCGCGGCCGAGUUCACCGUCGCGGACUUCGAGGCGAUGCCGUACCUGCAGGCGGUCCUCAAGGAGCACCUCCGCUUCAACCCGCCCCUGCCGCACCUCUUCCGGCAGAGCGCGCGCCAGGACGUGCUCCCGCUCGCGGUCCCGCUGCGGACGCGCUCCGGCAGGGUCGUCACGGAGCUGCCCAUCCGCGCCGGCCUGCGCGUCGUCCUCUCCAUCUGCGCGUACCACCGGAACCCAGACGUGUGGGGCGCGGACGCGGACGUCUUCAACCCGGACCGCUGGCUGGACGCGUCCAAGGCGCGGCCGGCAGUGAACGUGGGCGUGUACUCGAACCUGCUCACCUUCGCGGGCGGCGUUCGAGGCUGCAUCGGCUGGCGGUUCGCGAUCUACGAGCUCCAGGCGUUCCUCGUCGAGCUCGUCUCGCAGUUCCGCUUCGCGCCCACCGACGCCGCCGCGCGCGUGCGGAGGACGACGGCGAUCGUGACGGUGCCCACGAUCGGGGACGCGGUCGCGAUGCCGCUCUCCGUCUCGCUCGCGCCGCGCGACGAGGACGCGUGA